UCUGAGCCCUAAGAGUGAAAGUAAAAGUACCAGAAAAAAAAACUUCACCUCAUUAUUCUAAAAUCUGUGGAUUGCACACCAUCAGUCGUCCAACGGAUCACUCCAGAUCGUGUAACUCGACUGAGAUCUGACUUCAAAAUGACCCAAGUCUUUCCAGCAACUGUCCGAUUUUUUGUCAUGGUCCUUGGAAACACCGUGGAUUCCCACAAGACUUUUCUGAAUCAUCUGACAAUUUCACGAAAAUGUCGAGAAGUGAAUACGCUGAAUGACAGUGAUGUCAUCAUUGCUUUUGUCCCAGUUGUGUCUCGAGCUGGUACUGACAUUUCAGCUGCAAUGGAGAAGAUUCCUGAGGGUAAACCUGUCGUUCUCGUGGCGCUCCACCACACAUUUGAUCCAGAUUACAUCGCUCCAGACAGCAGACGCUGUGUAAACGAGGAAAAAGUGUUUGCUGUAGAUUGUCUCUAUCAUGAAGAUCAAGGGCUGCUGAGAUGCCUGCGCAAUGACGAUGCAAUCAGAGCCGUGAAGAAGCACCUGGGAAUUGUGGACCACUCUGAGGUGGAUCACAACAAUUACAGAUGGACAUUGGGUUGUAUUGCAGUUGUUGCAGCUACUGCUGUGGGUGGUGUUUUGGGUGGUGUUUUGGGUGGUGCUGUGGGUGGUGCUGUGGGUGGUGCUGUGGGUGGUGCUAUGGGUGUUGUAAUGAAGCGUAUGAUUUUUCCCAAGGUUAAAGAUCAUUGUACUGGCCACACUCCUCCUCUUUAAGUUCUCUUAAUUAAUGAUUUAAUUCAUGAAUAAAAAAACAUAACUGAAAGUGCAUGAGGUUUCAUCCUAGAGCUUUCGUCACAUGUAUAUCUAUAAUAUAAUGAUAUGCAGUAUAAUGCACUCAGUUUCAAGGGCUUUGGAUAAAUAGGUUUUAUGUCCAGCUAAAGACUGCAUGUGCUUUACACUGUGUGUUUGUAGAGUUUAGGGGAAAAAUCAUCAUCAGUAUAUAGAUUAAAAUACAAUGUUAUUAUAUGACAGUCUAUAGUAACAUAUUAGCUUAAUCAUCUCUCUCUUGAGCCUAAAUCUAUCAUUUGUUGCUUUGCGACAACUUAAAAAAAUACAGAACAGAUUUGUUUCCUCUCCUAACCUCACUGAGUGUCACUCUGGAUUGAAAUGUCCCAUGUGUGUGUGUGUGUGUGUGUGUGUGUGUGUGUGUGUAUUGUGUUUGUUUCAGUCCCUCAGCAUCGACAUGAAAUAAAAUCUGAUAUGACAGGUUGGAAAGAGGGACACAGUGUAAGAGAGAGAGAGAGAGAGAGAGAGAGAGAGAGAGAUUAAAUGGAAAACUUGAACAUAGUGUCACAUUUUACUUAUUUAAUGCUGACAGGAUGUUUAAAUUAACAUAUUUCAGUGGAAUUUAAAAAAAAAUGCUUUCUGACGUCACAAAUACAGGCCCAUUUCAUUGUUAAGGCAAGAACUACAAGUGAAUAGAGUAAUUUAAAAAAAAUUAUUUCUAUCUGAAUAGGGCUAUAGGGUUGCAGUACCGAUAUCCAGAUUUUUUCUUGAUUCUGAGAACUUGUACACAUAAAAAAAAAUUUUUUGGAUUGUGACGAUACCUCAACAUUUCCAUUUCAGUUUGCAUAUUUGAUUUAUUUCUGGAAGAUAGUGUAGUGUUUACAGGUCACAACGUUUUCUCCCAGUUUAAUCCGCUCAAUCUCACAAAAGCUACCAAUCCAGGAGAGUUUACAAAGCUGAUAAUUCACACUGCUCAGAUUCACAGCAUCCAUCAAGCAGUUCACUGUUAAGCAUGGUGUAGUAGCUUUUCUCAAUGUCUAUAAAUAUAUAAAGAAUUCUGAAGUACUGUUUGUCUGUGUGUGUUUGUGUUUGUUUGUGUGUGUGUAUGUGUAAGACUCUGUUGUGUAUUAACGUGUGUAAAAAUGUCUGCUGCAUGUGAAUAAAUUAAAAAAAAAAAAACAC